AUGAAAAUCAUAUUAUUUUUAACGUUUGCAGUCGGUCUACUGUUCUCUACAACAAGAUGUGAAGACAAGGACAAGAGUUCGGGAGAUGAUAAGAAGAAAUCUUCAGAAAACAAGAGCAUAAAAGAAGACUUCGAUCUUAUGCAAAUUAUGACGGACUGCAACGACACCUUCCGUGUUGAGAUGACCUAUUUACAGUCCCUCAAUUCCAGUGGCAGUUUUCCGGAUGAAACUGAUAAAACUCCUAAGUGUUUCCUUCGAUGUGUAUUGGAAAAGAGUGAGAUCGCUUCGGAGGACGGGGUGUUCGACACCGAGCGGACUGCCGAAAUAUUCACCUUGAUCAGAGGAGACAUGCCGAUUAAUGAUGUCAAGGAAACAGCUACUGAAUGCGCUGAACGAAAUGCUAUUGUUUUUGUUACAGUUGAGGAGACGUGCAAGUGUGAACGCUCGUACGACUACUUGAAAUGUUUGUUUGAAACAGGAAUAUCCAAAUCCACAACAUGAUAGUGAUCAAGAAACACUGCUCGACCAAAUAUAAUAUGGCGUAUCCUGGCGAUGAAACGUAGUUUUAGUAGUAGAUGUAGUAAACUUGCAAUUAUUAAAAUGCCUAUUGCCUU